CAAUUUCCUCGUAUUACAUGGAAUACAUUGAUCGGCACCAAUGAUUACUCUCUACUUCACGAAGUGGUAAUUUUCUAUGAAUCCUUCACUGCGGGGAAGUCCAUCAACAACGAUGCCUCCCUUCCCUCAUAAUGAAUCUGUGCCAAGUGCUCGACUCCUCCUCGUUGAUCCCCCUUGCUCGGGGUCGCGUCUGGAAUGAAAACACGGGGAUAAGUGCAUGAUCGAGGACAGACGAUGGCCAGGACUACAUCAUGUCUCUUUCCGACACCCUCAGCUUGGUAUUCAAUCUACUUAUUGCAGCCUUGGUCGCCAUCGUAUGCUUCCCCGCUCUGAGGGAUACUCUUCACUAUGCUUCUAAAGGAUGUUCGCCAAACGCGCUGCUCGACGGAUACCAGAGAGUAGGAGCCUCUCACAAUGCUUCGAUAGGUCUUUUAGGGGUCUUUCGCGAUGACCCUCGACCGUAUCUAUUGCUCACCGCAAAUGCAUGCGUCUGCGCUGCUUCGCUCGUGCGAGCCAUAUCCGCCGCCAAUGCCUUUGAUAAAGUGACGUCUUCGGUACAACUCGUCUCAUGGCUCUUGCUCUCCAUACAAUGGAAUUAUCUCCGAAGCGAAGCCUCUCUCCAAAUCCGGUACUCUGCGGCUUGGAAGGGAGGACUGGCUGCUUGCUUGUUAAUUGGGCAUAUGAUUCUAGAGAACACACUUCGGAGAGACAUGGUAGAUCAAACACCUGCUGCAUCGCCUCUCGCGUGGCUGGUCUACAUAUUGGGGACUAUUGUAGUUCUCACAUCCUUGUCUUAUCCGCGCAAUGCUCGAGCGUUCCGCAAUGGAAGACCAAUUGACGAGGAGGAAAUCUCCUCUGUGCUUGGGCGAUUCUCAUUUCAGUGGGCGACAUCGCUAGUGUCACUCUGUGCGUCGCAUACAUCAAUCAGCCUGGAUGAGCUUCCCGAAUUGAGCGAUAGAAUGCGAGCAAAUCACUUGCAGACUGACUUCAUGGAAAUGCAGGCUAGACUUGACGCUUCUGGAACGACCCCAUCCAAGCUAGUGAAGGGGCUGCUAUCACUGUAUUGGAGGGAGUUGGUCCAUCAACUCCUGCUAUCCGUGCCACUGGCAGUUCUAGCCUUUGCUCCACAGCUAGCACUACGUGAAAUGUUACGAGUCCUGGAUGCAGACGCAGCGGGACACGAUGGUCUCAAUAUCUGGGCCCUGCUACUUGGCCUCAGCAUUGGGGUAUCCUCGUGGCUCGAGAACUGGCUCCUAUGGACCGCCAUGAAUUGGAUAUCAGUGCCAUUGACGACGCAGCUAUCUACAGCGGCUUUCAGCAAGUCCAUGCGCUUGAGUUUGCAGACUUCCGCUGAUGAGGGCGAUGAUAAGACUUCACCGGAUAGUACCCAGAAUGUGAUCAACCUGGUAGCCAUCGAUGCGUCACGCAUUGCUCUUGUCGCGGGCUUUCUCUAUUCGAACCUUCUCCAGGCACUAAAGCUCGCCGUGGCGUGUACGUUCCUGGCUCACCUUCUGGGUUGGCGAAGCUUGCUGGCGGGACUGACCUGCCUUGCCCUCUUCUAUCCACUUCAUUCUCUCUGCUUGUCGAAAUACUCGGCUGUCGAGAAAGACCUCAUGCGUAGUCGCGACAACAAGGUGUCGACUCUGACCGAGGUCUUGCAGGGUAUUCGCCAAGUGAAGUUCGCAGGGCUCGAGGUCAAAUGGGAACGCAGGAUGAACUUUCUUCGCGACCGUGAAGUAGAAGCUCAGAAGAGAGCAUUCUUCUGGCAUGUAAUUAACCUCUCGAUCCACCUGCUCGGGCCAGUCAUGGUGUCCGCCGUCUCCUUGAGCGUCUAUAGCUGGAAGCAAGGCCCACUCACGCCAUCCGUCGCUUUCCCAGCUUUGUCCACACUCGGGUACAUUCAAUUCAUUCUGGGCCUCGUUCCUGAAUUACUUUCCGGUCUCGUGGGCGCGAAGGUGAGCAUUGGGCGUAUGGCGAGAUUCUUCAACUCGGCGCAAGCGGCGGGGGACACCACGCCUUUCCGCUCGAUACAAUUGGAGAAUGCCACUCUAUCUUACAGUAAAUCAGCUACAACGGAAUCCGGCACCCUUCAAAGCGUGACCCUCAGCUUUCCUCUGAAGGGCUUGAGCGUGGUGUUCGGCCGCACUGGAUCCGGCAAAACCUUGCUACUUAGCGCCAUUCUAGGCGAGUGCGAGGUCUUGUCUGGCUCCAUACGACGUCCUGUUCCCCCGACCUAUGAGGCAAUAUACCACUCAGAACCUAAUCCGAAGGACUGGUGUCUCAGCUCAGCAGUGGGCUACGUAGCUCAAACCCCAUGGAUAGAAGCUGGCACCAUUCGGGAUAACAUCCUCUUCGGCCUACCCUAUCAGCAGGCGAGGUAUCAACGUGUGCUGUUUGCAUGCGCUCUCAUGCAGGAUCUGGACCUGUUGGACGAUCGGGAUCUUACUGAAAUCGGGCCCAGUGGAGUUAAUCUAAGCGGCGGGCAAAAGGUGCGCAUUGGUCUAGCGCGCGCUCUGUAUUCGCGGGCCGGCAUUCUGCUGCUAGAUGACAUCUUCAGUGCCGUGGAUGUGCACACCGCAAGUCAUCUCUUCAAGCAUGCCAUCACCGGGGAGUUUGGCGAGGGACGAACAAGAAUCUUGGUCACACACAAUGUGGACCUUUGCUCUCCCAAGGCUGACUAUCUGGUCGAACUUGAGAAUGGGACCGUCAAAUAUGCACACUCGGUGGUUCGAUCACACUCUGAAAGAGACAACAGUUUCUCGCCACAGGGAGCUGUGCCCAUAACCGAGGAACAAUACGAAAAGUUCGAUGACAAGACUGAUAGCCAAGAUGGUGGGGUCGAUGGCAUUGGCAGUGCUACCGUACCGACAAGAUUUGUCGAUGAGGAGUGUCGAGCCGAAGGUGCUCUCCAGUGGUGGCUGUUUCGGAGGUACAUCCAGACGAGCGGAGGAUGGGCAUCGUGGGCUGUUCUCGUCGCGUUUUACGUGAUGUACAACAUGUUACAGCUGUCUCAGUACUGGUGGAUUCAGAUCUGGAGCAGGGAUGGCAUCACCAAAGACACCGGCUCAGGUGGCAACGAUACGGCAUACUACCUGGGCAUCUACACCGCGAUCGCCAUCCUGUCAUGUCUCGCCGGCUCACUGCGCGCCUACAUUGCUCUCCGAACCUCGCUGAACGCGGCAUCUCGCCUCUUCCGCCAACUACUCUCCGUGGUCCUGCGCGCCCCCUUGCUCUGGCUCGACAAGGUCCCCUCAGGAAGACUCCUCAACCGCUUCACCGCCGACUUCUACCUCGUAGACUCACGCCUGGGCUUCGACCUGACCGCCGUCCUAAACGCAGGCAUGGACUGCAUCGGCGUGAUCACCGGCGGAGUGCUCGUGCGGCCGAUCCUCCUCAUCUUCGCCGUGCUCCUCGCCGCCGCAGCAACGUGGUACACGAAGCGGUACCUCUCGGCCGCGCGGGAGAUCAAACGCCUGGAGAGCAUCUCACGCAGCCCGGUCUACGAGCAGAUCGCCACCUGCCUGCAAGGAAUCACCACCAUCCGGGCCUUCAACCAGCGAAAGCGGUACAUCGCAGCGCUGCACAACAAACUGGACCGCCAAGCCCAAGCCUCGUGGCACCUCUACCUCUUCAACCGCUGGUUCACCUUCCGGAUCAACCUACUGGGCGCGGUGUUUUCGAUCAUGACCGCCCUGGCCGUCGUCAACCGCGCGGACAUCACCGGCGCGAUGGCCGGCUUCGCGCUCGUCUUCACCAACCACCUCUCCUUCGCCCUGGUCUCGCUCAGCCGUGCCUACUCGACCCUAGAAAUGGACCUCAACGCCGUCGAGCGCAUCCUCGAGUACUCCGACCUUCCCACCGAGGAGCCACCCUCCCCCAGCCCGAGAAACAUCCCUCCCCCCGAAUGGCCCCAAACCGGAACCAUAACCAUAACGAACCUAACAGCCUCCUACACCCCAACCACCCCACCCGUCCUCCACAACAUAAACCUGCACAUCCCCUCCGGCCAACGAAUCGGGAUCGUCGGCCGCACCGGCGCCGGCAAAUCCAGCCUCGCGCUGGCCCUCUUCCGCUUCCUCAACGCAAGCAACGGCCGCAUCACCAUCUCCAACGUCGACAUCGCCACCAUCCCACUAGCCACCCUCCGCUCCCGCAUGGCCAUGAUCCCGCAGAACCCCGUGCUUUUCACCGGCACGAUCCGCUCGAACCUCGAUCCGUUCGACGAGCACACCGACGACGCCGUGCUGCGCGCGUUGCAGCACGUCCGUUGGUCUUCCUCCUCAUCGUCGACCUGUUUGCAUCCGCAGGGCAAUCCGCAGGGCUGUCCGCGAGACAGGAGCAAUGUACUGGGGGAGAGGGUAUCGCCCGGGGGAACGAACUUCUCGCACGGCCAGCGGCAGCUCCUGUGUCUGGCGCGUGCGAUGCUGGCUUGUCCGGCGGUGGUGGUUAUGGACGAGGCUACUUCGGCUGUGGAUCGGGGGACGGAUGAGAUGAUUCAGCGGGGGAUUCGGGAGGGGGUUCUGGGUAGUCGGCAGAUCAGUAGUAGCAGUGGCGGGAGGACAGGCAGUGGGAGCAGUGGCAGCCGGACAACGUUGCUGGUGAUUGCGCAUCGGCUACGCACGAUCGCCGACUUUGAUAGGGUGGUUGUUAUGGAUGCGGGGCGGGUGGUGGAGUUUGGCACGCCGAGGGAGUUGUUGGCGAGGGAGGGGGGUGUGUUUCGCGGGUUGGUGGAGGGGGAUGUUGAUGCGAGGGAGUUGAGGAGGGUUAUCACUGGAGCUGAGAGUUAG